AUGGUCAUCACGGGCACUUGGUAUCGUGUGGGUGCUUACAAUAGUAAAAUUGAUCGUUUGAAUACAUUUCAAAUCGUCUUAGCUACGGAUGGAGAUCGUAGUUUUGCCUUCAUACUCUAUCACGAUUUGCAAUGGGCCGGACCAGGAUACACUACGGAACCCUACGCUCAGGCAGGUUUCAAUGCAGGUGAUGGAAUUGCUUUCGAAAUGCUUCCAUAUUCUCGAACAGAAGAUGUUAUCCGACUAGUUCAUGAAAGCAAUGUUAAUGUUCCUGGUCUCUUUGUUUUUCGUGUCGAUACGGAUGAGAUUGGUGCCGGCGGCUGUGGUACUAACGCAUCUGUUGCUACCCUUCGCCCACGCAUCAGCUCGCAACUCGGUUUUACAGCACUCAAUAUUCAAGGACCAUGCUUCGAUAAUGGGACAAAACCCAAAUGUCGAUUUGAUUCAUCAUCGCAAAUUGUCGAUGGUCUCAUCAUUGAUCGAUUUCGAGUCAUAUGUUUGACACCUUUUGCAUCGAUAUAUGGUCCAGUACUAGUAAGUUUAUCGAUUGACGAUGGAAACUCUUAUAUUUCAGCUGGUAUUUUCACUUAUGCCCCAUUACGAUUCGGUUCCGACGAUGUAACCAUUGAAACGGGCAACGGAGACAACCUACUCAAUGUUGGACAUAAUGUCACGCUCACUUGGCGCUUUUCGGAAUCUACACGAGACACAUUUCCCGAUGAAACUAAAAUUGACAUUGAAUUAUGGAAAGUGAGUCUUAAGAAUUGGUCGCAAUUGCAACAGGAGAGUCCGUCUGUGAUCCUUGCACAAAACUUAAAUUCUACCUUUAGCUCGAUUCGUCUUCAAUUACCUGAGAGUAUCUCGUCUAUUACAACAUGUUUUAUUCGGGUUGUAGCUCGCUUCGAAUCUAAAACGUAUGCUGGAUUGAAUACAGGCAUUCUCAUUGUUCGCAAUCCUUCUUCACUCGCUUCCCAAUCGUGCGUCGAAUGGUCUCGUCGACAGCCAGAACCAUCGACAUGGAAUGGUGGUAGUCUUCUUCCCUGUCCAAUGACACGCACACAAGCCGUAGCUGCCGGUCGUUGUUGUUACGAAUUUGAUAGUCAAUGCUAUCGAGGUAAUCCGGAUUCGAACAAUUGCUGGCUUCACCGGGCUCGUCCUCAACGUGAUGAACAGUCGGCCGUAGAAUGUUAUUUAUCGAAAAGCUCAAAUAUUCAUGGUGCUGGUGCCGAAUGUUGUUACGAUAUCGAAGGACAAUUAAUCACACGUGGUACAGGAGCAGGUACGGAUGAUCGAUAUCGACUUGCAUCAUCGCCUGUCCAACAUUUCUUCGAUGACACUUUGCCUUAUCUACAAUGUUGUAUGAUGGAUACCCAUGAUGACAUAUGCAACACAUAUAUGCGCUAUCGACCGCCACGAAGAGGUAGCAAUACGAUGGGUGAAAAUGGUGGCACAUGGGGUGAUCCUCACUUCAUCACACUUGAUGGAACAUCUUACAUGUUCAAUGGUUACGGAGAGUAUACCUAUUUGGCCAUUAGUGAGGAUCUGUCUCCACCAGCCGCAUUCAAUCCUUUCGAACAAUCCUACAGAUUUAUGUCACAAAUUCGUACUAUUCCAAUCUCGUCGAAUGACGUCACUGUUACAAAAGGUUUUGCUGCUCGAUCAAGUGAUCCUGAAAGUCAACCGAUAAGUAUCACUGUUUCUCGUCGUGAAAAUCUUGUUGUACGUCGUGGAACUGAAAUGAUCGAGUUCGAAGACAAUAUCAAUACGUUCUUCUUCCCUGAAAUGACCAUCGAACGAAAUUUAACUGAUGGAAUUGUGCUCACCCUCUCUUGGACACUCAGUGUUACUAUUCAAAUCAAUCUAAUUGAAAUGACAUCACCAUCGGCAAUACUCGUACUCAAUGUAGCUGCUUCUGUAGCUGGCAUGUUUCGUGGACGAACGUAUGGUCUAUUGGGUACCUAUGAUAAUCAAGCCACUAAUGAUCUGCGAGCUCAAGAUGGACAAAUAGUGAGUAGUACUGCCUCAUUAGAACAAAUUCAUCAACAAUUCGGCGUUACUUGGGCUAUCGAUCCAACUGCUUCUUUAUUUCACUAUGAAUCGGAUCAAUCAGCUGAAUUUUUCAAAGAACAAAACCGAUUAUUUCUGCCGUCAUUUACACAGCCCAGUGUUUCACCAGAGCAAGACGAAUCUAUUCCAUGUGCUUGCAAAAUUGAUCCUACCUCGGAAUCGUCUUCAUGGAGUAUUGCUCAAAGAACAUGCUACUAUGAUAUAUCAGUGACAAAAGAUGAAACAUUUGGUCAAACAUCAUUUAAUGCCGGUGAUGAAAUUUCAUCAAUCAAAGUCGACCAACGAAAUCCGCCUCUAUUCGAUAUUUCACUUCCUGUUUACAUGGAAGCAAAACAUGGCGAUCAAAUUCAUUUAGAAAUAAAUGCUUCGAGUGAAUAUCCGUCGAAUGUUAUUGUUCUAUCCGCAGUGCAUUUACCUAAAGAUGCUACAUUUAAUGUACUAACGAGUGAAUUCGAAUGGACAGCUAUUGAAGGUGAUAAUUAUGUUCGAAUUCGAGCCCUGGAUACAACAUACAAUUUGAUGGCAACACAUGAGAUUGCCUUUCGAGUAAAGCCAGUCAACUCAGUCACUACUGAUCCUCCUACUACUCCUCCUAUUACUCUUCCUACCGCAUCUCCUACUCCUUCUCCUACUUCACCUCCUACUGCAUCUCCUACUCCUUCUCCUACUUUCCCUCCUACUGCUCCUCCAAAUAGUGCCAGUCAAUUUGAACUGCAAGCUUUGCUACUAUUCAUUGCUAUACGGCUGAUUCUUCUUUUUAAAUAA